CCUUUCCUUUUUUCUCCAAUUCCUGCUUUUGCUUUCUCUUCCUUCCCCCUACUCCCUAUUAUUUCUCUCUGACCUAAUUGUCUCCUCCCUCCCUCUCUCUCUCUCUCUUUCUCCUUUUCUCUCAUCUACUCCAUCUAAAUCUCAUACAAGAUCCCUCCCUAAGUUUGGUGGGGCUUCUUCUUCUUCUUUCUUGUUCUAAUACACUUGCACACACCGCCACCUAGAUCUAGGCUCGCUCGCUCAUAUAUUAAUCAGUAGAAGAUCGAUCGACAUAUACAUACUGACUUUGGUUCGGAGGAGGCGGCUAAGAUACAACUAGUGGUAGCGAGCGAGCGGAGAAGCGAUAGAUCGGCUCAAUUCUACAACUAGCUAGCAAGGGAUUAAAAGAUCGAAAAGAUGAGCCCGGCAGUAGCAGCACCAACGGCAACAAUAGCAGCAACUAAUUUGGGAGGAGGAGCGGCAGGUCAGUUUGGGGACACGACGUACACCAAGGUGUUUGUUGGAGGACUGGCUUGGGAGACCCAGAAGGAGACCAUGAAGAAAUACUUUGAGCAGUUUGGUGACAUCUUGGAGGCUGUUGUCAUCACUGACAAGGCCACUGGCAGAUCCAAGGGCUACGGAUUUGUAACCUUUCGUGAAUCGGAAGCAGCGAUGAGAGCUUGUGUCGAUGCUGCCCCAGUGAUAGAUGGAAGGAGGGCCAACUGCAAUCUUGCCUCUCUUGGUGUUCAGAGAUCCAAGCCUUCUACUCCAAAGCAUGGUGGAGGAGGAGGAGGUAGGAACUUUAGGGUAAUGGCGGGAUCAAUAUUCCAAGCUGCAGGUGGAGUUGGAGUUGGAGUGGGAUCGGGCUUUGCAGCAGCUUCUGCAGCAACCGCAUUCCCAGCUCAUCAUCAUUAUGCCGCCAUUCAACAAGGGAUUCCAGCUGCUGCUGCUGCUGCUUACAAUCUUUAUGCCACCGCAGGGUACUCUCCAUACUCGACAGACUACACUUACCCUACGAACUACUACGGUCUGUACGGAGGUGGAGCAACAAGCCAGUAUCCAGUGUAUGGAACGGGCGGGAUGCUGACGGGAGGAGCUGCGGCAGCGGCUUUUUACCCGUAUCUUCAAUACGGAGAAGCAGCGAAUGGAGGUGCCGCUGCCUAUACUACUUCUGGGGCGCAGAAUGUUGGCUAUGGUGGCAUCCAAUACCCACACCAUCAUCAUAAUCUCUAUCAGUAUUCAGCUGCUGGACUAGGAGGCUACCAGCACUAUGCUCCUUCCAUGUCUCUUGCACCCUCACCUGCCUUGCAAUCACCAGUGUGUUUUGCUGUGCCACAGGCGUAAACAUGGCCCUUCCUGCUGCACCAUUAAUUCCAAUUCCAGCUCAUCGCUAGUAGCACUACUACUACUCAUGAUCAUCAUAUAUUCCGAAUGCAUUUGGCUCCUCCUUCAUCAACUUCAAUCUUCAACUCAUCUGAUCCUCAAUCGAUCAUCAGCUGCAUGCUUCUCAAUUUUCAUCAUCCUCGAUCAUCCCUUUGGCCUAACCAUGGUUCAUCAUCACAUCCCUUUCUCUCUCGCCGCCUAACACAAGUUAGCCCAAGCUGCUUUGGCGUUUGGGCUAUCUCAUUGCAUGCAUGCACACAUGAUAUAUAGAAAGCCUCGCAUAGCGGCUUUCUACAAUCAAAUCAUUCAUUGUCCGCUAGAAACAUGCAUGAGUAGAAUGCAUGCAUCUUCUUAAAGCAAGGGUACGUGGGUUCCCUUGAUGGAUCACGAGAUCAAACAAAAUCAUACAUGUUCCUAACCAACAACUCAAGGCUAUAUUUGGAUUUAGCUUUUAAGUUGUAAGUAACAUUUUUCUUCUUCUUUUUCUUCUUCUUUUAAUUACUUCUCGGCCUUGGAGAGGCUGAGAGGCGACAAAAGAAAAAACAAUGCACCCUCAUCAUGCAUAUAACUUUUUAGCCCAGGAAGGCUAAGCAAAGGCAUAAAAUGGUUUGCAAAUAUUGUAAAUUCAACACAAAUAGCAAACCCCUUCACUUUCAAUCUCAGUUUUAAAUUAGUUAGGAAAGAAAAAAAACACAUGGGGAUGCAUGGAAUUGCAUACCCCAAUAUUUUGGCUGUUAACAUCUAGUCUUAGGAUUUUGCAACUAGCUAGGUAGGAGCAGUCAUGUCUCUUUGAAGCUUUACCAACUAAUUAAUUUCCUGGUUUUGGCAGCUUUUAAAUGAAAUGUGUCUAACCAUCUUCCCUUUGGGUUAGGGGAGCAAAAUCACUAACUCCUUUUUGUUAGUAUCUUGUAAAUUUAUAAAUGUGGCUAAACUAUGGGAGUUUUAGCCCCAUUUCACUAAUUUAAGUAGGAGGGAUAGUGUGUUCUUUAGUUAGCAGUUAGCUUUUAGCCAGCUAGUAUAUUUCAUCAUCCUUUUGAUAACUCCAUUAAUGGAUGUGGAGCUCAAAAGCAUCUGCAUGUAACCCUUGGGAGAUAUUUUGGUUCCCUUGGGUUCUUCCCCACUAAUGCACCAACCAUGGUUAGGACUUAGGUCAAUCUCAUAAUCAUCAGAAUCAUCAAUCAUCGAUCAUCAUCAUCUCUCUCUCUCUCUCUCUCUCUCUCUCUGUUCAACUCAUCAGUACUGUUUAAUAUGUAUAAGCCUACGGUUUGGAUUGUAAUUAGGGAUCGUAUUAAGUACAAGUAAGAAUGUUCAUUCUCCGGCGAUGCUGCUUGAGAAUUGAUAUGCUACUUAACUACCAAGUACUCUGCUGUUUAUUUCAGUUUUUUAUGCUUACUUCUGAUGCUAUUAAUUUGAGACUGCUAUUUCCUCUCUUA